AUGGCCUCCCGGCGGUUCUUGGACCCGAUCGUGCUCCUGCGCGCGGCCCCGCUCGUCUCGUCGACAUGCACGCUCCUCUACGCCCGCGACCAAGACUUCUUCCUGGGGCUCCUGAACCGGGGCACGCCGCGCGAGCACAGCGGGCGGCUGCUGCCGGCCUACUUCGGCGCCUUCUUCCAGCGCGGCGUGGUUUUUGUCGUCGCGUGCAUCGCCGCCACGACAUGGACGUCGAUCGGCAACCUGUUCGUGCGCCGCCCGGCGCUGCACGCGAAGCAGUCGUUUUGGUGGUACGCGGCCGGCGCCGUCUUCUCGGCGAGUCACCUGCUGUUUGUGCCGCUCGUCGCGCCGCCCAUCCAGGCUAUUGUGAACGCCGAGAAGUACAUGUAUGCUGGCAUCGAUCCGAAUGUGUUGCUGGAUAGGUGGCUGUCGGUCAAUUGGAUCCGCAUGGUGACGGUCGACUUGGCUGCGUGGGUUGCUUGUGUCGUGGCCGCGACCAAGUCGUUGAAGGCUUGA